GGCCCAACUUUCUCUCAGCUCAGCGUUUACUUCUCGAAGUAGCUAGCCCUUGGCUGCUUCCUUUAAUCAUCUCUUCUUGCUAAUUCGUCGUUUUCAGCAAUGUUUAUCUCUUUGCCCAUAAUCCUAAAUCAAGAAUUUAAAGAACGCAUCUUGAAAGCUCAGACAACAAAUCAUUCCUCUCUGGCAAACCUGGGAUCAUGAAAUCUUGAUUAUUGGGGAGAGAAUCUUAGUCUGAAACAUGCUCUCUCGGUUCCCACCCGAAUCACCUCACACAAUAAGCCUAACCCCUAAAUCUUCUUCUGCAACUUCACAUCAUAAGCACAAGAAUCAGCUCUUCAAGAUUGCUUGCUGUGUAAAGAAUGGUUCCUCUGAUUCUCCAAAUUCCUCGGAUAACAGAUUUGGAUUCAAUCUGGUGGGGCAGUCUCUUGGGGCUAUGAAUUGGAAGCUCAAUGAUAUUGAUGCAAAUUCAAUGCAAGAGUCAGUUACCCAAUUGCUAUCAAAGACUCAAAACUUUUUGAAUGAAGUGGCUUCUCCACUUGUAAAGUCUGUUCAUGAUCGAAAGCCUAGCCCUCAGAAUGACACUGAAGAUACAGAUGAUAUAUUUAUGAUUGAACCGACUGUUGAUUCAAGAACUUCUGGAGGGGAGCUUUCUGAAGCUGCCAUCGUUUCCAUUGAACAAUUUAGCCGGAUGAAUGGAUUGACAGGGCAGAAAGUGCAAAGAAUAUUUAAAGCACUUGUUCCAGAAUCAGUUUAUAACGAUCCACGUUAUUUGGUGGAAUAUUGCUGCUUCAGGUUUUUGUCAAGGAAUAAUGUUGAAGUUCAUCCGAGCCUCAAGGAACCUGCGUUUCAGAGGCUAGUUUUUAUAACUAUGCUUGCAUGGGAGAAUCCACUUCGACAAGGGAAGGGUAACCGACUCAAAUCAUUCAAAUGGAGUCAUUUUCAGAAGAAGCUCGUGGGAGAAGAGGCUUUUAUUCGCAUUGCUCCUGCUGUUUCUGGUGUAGCUGAUUGUCCCACUGCACAUAAUCUUUUUAAAGCUUUAGCUGGUGACGAAAAGGGGAUCUCGUUUAGCAUAUGGUCCACAUAUAUUACUGAACUUGUCAAAGUGCAUGAAGGCCGGAAAUCACAUCAAUCCCAGGAGACCUUACAAUAUCCUAAGGAAAAAAUCCUUUGUCUUGGUUCCAGUCGAAAGCAGCCUGUUCUAAAAUGGGAAAAGGACAUGGCAUGGCCAGGAAAGGUCACGUUGACCGACCAUGCACUUUACUUUGAGGCAGCUAGCUUGGUCGGAUCGAAAGAAUCUGUAAGGCUGGAUCUUACUCAUCCCAAUUCAAGAGUCGAAAAGGCAAGAGUGGGACCCUUGGGAUCAAACGUUUUCGACUCUGCAAUCUCCAUCACAUCUGGUCCGGAGUCUGUGUCGUUGGUUCUUGAAUUUGUCGAUUUAGGUGGUGAGGUGAGGAGGGAUGUAUGGUAUGCAUUCAUAAGUGAAAUUAUCGGAUUAUACAAAUUCAUACGCGAAUAUGGACCUAUGGAUAACGAUGAGUCGGUGUAUGACAUAUAUGGUGCUCACAAAGGGAAGGAUAGAGCCGUUGCUCAUGCCAUAAACGCCAUUGCUAGGCUUCAAGCUCUCCAGUUUAUGAAGAGGACAUUUGACGAACCUUCUAAGCUGACUCAGUUUUCAUAUUUGCGCAAUGCACCAUACGGGGAGGUCGUCCUUCAAACCCUCGCCGUAAAUUUCUGGGGCGGGACGGUAAUCAAGAAACUACCGGACAUCGACACUGAGCCAGAGGAGGCCCUUGUGAGACCCAACGGUGAGGCUUCUGAGAGCAGCAGCCAUGUUUUUGACAUAGACGGAAGUGUCUACUUGCGGAAAUGGAGGCGGUCAGCGUCGUGGGGAACUAGUGCUUCGUUAGCCUUUUGGAAGAAUGCUUCGAUCAGACACGGAGUUGUGCUUAGCAAGAACCUCGUCGUGGCUGACAUGAGUUUGGUGGAGAAGGCGUCGAUGACUUGCAGAGACAAGUCCAAGGUAGUUGAGAAAACUCAAGCAACGAUAGAUGCUGCCAUGAUCGAAGGGAUUCCCAGUAAUAUCGACCUUUUUAAGGAACUUGUGCUUCCUCUAACUCUCACUGCUAAAAAUUUCGAGCGGCUUAGGCGUUGGGACGAUCCUCUCGUUACAGCGUCCUUUCUGGGACUUGUAUAUACACUUAUCUUUAGAAACCUAAUGUCUUACAUAUUCCCGGUGACGUUAAUGAUGUGCGCGGCCGGUAUGUUAGUACUAAAGGGGCUCAAGGAGCAAGGUCGGCUUGGGAGAUUCUUCGGGAAAGUUACUAUAUACGACCAGCCUCCAUCGAACACGAUCCAGAAGAUUAUUGCUCUGAAGGAAGCCAUGCGCGAGGUGGAGAAGUCGCUCCAGAAUGUGAACGUCGCGCUGCUCAAGAUUCGCUCCAUCAUUCUCGCAGGGCACCCUCAGGUGACGAUGGAGAUCGCGCUUGCGCUGCUGGUUGGCUCGACCGUUCUGCUUCUGGUGCCGUUCAAGUAUGUGCUUGCAUGCUUGAUUUUUGAUGUCUUCACGAGGGAGCUCGAGUUCAGGAGGGGGAUGGUGGAGGCGUUCGACAACUUCUUGAAGGAGCGGUGGGACGGGGUGCCGGCGGCUCCCGUUGUUGUGCUGCCAGUGGAGGAGAAGGAAGAGGAGGAGAAGAAGCAAGUGGAAAAGUUGAAACCAGAAAGAAGUUAGUUUUAGCAUGGAUUUUCUGGUUAUGUUUUUUUUGGGUAAUUUCUGUUUUUGAAUAGAUCUGAUCACUAACAUUUCUUGAGCUGCCAAAUGCUCUGUUUAUAUGUUGCAAUCAUAGUUACAAUUUGAACU